AUGGCCGAAAUUAUUGGCAUCAGCUCGGGUCUUGCUGGCUUGCUGGCCUUAGCCCUCGAAUCGAGUCGCACCUUGUUUAGCACGGUUCAGAGUCUUCGCAACCGGGAAAAAGCUAUUCGGGGUCUUCGAGAAGCGCUCCGAGAUCUCGAGGAUGUGCUGAGAAUACUCCAGGAUUCGAUCCACACCUCGCCAUUUCUGAACAGCGGGAUAAUUGAAAGACCUCUUGAUAGAUGCUGCAAAGCAUGUACCGAUUUCAAUGCGCUGAUUAUAAAGUGUUCUGAACACUCAACAGAGGAUCAGUUCAGUAUCCGUGAUUGGGCCAAGUUACGCUACAUGGGCGAGGACGUCACAGGCUUUCAAAACAUGCUUUCUGGCUACAAAUCUACAAUCACGAUCGCCCUUGCUUAUUCCAAUGUCCAUCUUACCAGAACGACACAGAGUGUCAUGCACGAAUACAAGGAGUUAAUUGAGAAUACCAAAUGCGAUCUCGGGCUGCAUUUACAAUCAAUCGAGGACAGGAUAAAAACAUUAUCCUCUUCAAGGCAUGCUGAUGUGGGAUUGGACUCCAUCGAUGUUCAGCGAAUGAAGGAAGAGUUAGAGAGCACACAGCAUGGCCUCGAGAUUUGCGCUCAAUUUUCCACAUAUAUUGGGGAGACAAGGUCCAUCUCUUUGCAAAAAAUGACUCAGGCUUCUGGAACGUCUGAGCGAGGGCCUUCUCCUCCAGAAUUUAACAUCCCGUGGCUAAUUCUCGCCGAAGCCUUGAGUUCUGCGGAAAGAGAAAUCGUCAGCUCGAGACUGCGGCUCCUUCAAUAUCGUAACGCACAAGGAAGUCAGCCUUGGCUCUCAAAACACCGAGUAUUGCUACCAGCGAACGAGCACACCAGCGAUAUCAACGAGGAGGCUGAAAGCAUUAAAGAGUCUUUGAAUUUUUUCGAUCGGGUAUCCGAAGAAACCAGCGAGGGUCGAAUGAACUAUUUUGAAGAUGUCUCGACAGGUGAUAAGAGCAAACAGGUCAUUGUGACGACGCUCAAAGAUUUGAUCUCUGCCCGGCGGAUCACCUCGGGAUCUGGCUCAUUGCAAGUUCUAGGACAACUUUCUGAAGACUCCUUGAACAACGUUCUUCGGAAUCAAGAGGAUCUUAGUGGAAAGUGA